CUAUAAAAAGUGUACGCUCAACAGUUGCCAGUAGCAGGUGAUGCAUUGAUGUAAAAACACGUGCUAAAAAGCGUAGAGCAACCAAAAUAAACACCAGAUAGUAAGCUUUGUGCAAAGCAUUUUCUCGCUUAUACAUUAACAUAAAACCAUAACAACAAAUCAAAAUGUCUGGAAAAACUGACGCCCAGACAAUACGCAAAUACUAUAAUGUCGCAUUGGAAUUGGUAAUGAAAUGUCGUCCAAUAGCAAUGGAAGGUUAUGAGAAAACCGAAGCUGUCUUUGAAACAAAAGCAGCUUACUUUGAUUUGGUAACAGAAUAUGAUAAAAAAUUGGAGUAUCUACUCAGCAUGGAGUUGCAAAAAGCCUUUCCCGAAUCAAAAUUCAUUGGUGAGGAAGAUAUGGCGGAUAAGAAGAAGAAGCCAGAGCUGACAGAUGCACCCACAUGGAUAAUUGAUCCCAUAGACGGAACAACAAAUUUCAUACACCGUUUUCCUAAUUGGUGUAUUUCAGUCGGUUUGACAAUACGCAAGGAAUUAGUGGUGGGUGUAGUGUAUUUACCAGCGGUAAAUGAAAUGUACUCGGCGUGGAUAGGACAUGGCGCUUAUCUUAAUGGGCAGCCUAUCAGUGUUAGCAAGUGUACUAAUAUCAAAAGCGCUGUUAUAGGGGCAGAAAUGUCACUUAUUGUGCCGGUACCUGUGCGAGAUAAAAAUGUUAAGCGCCUGUGUAAGCUAGCAUCGAAUUGCAGUGGUUGUCGUGGGUUAGGCAGCGCCGCUGUAUCCCUUUGCUAUGUGGCACGUGGCAGCAUUGAUUGCUUUUUCGUAGAGGAUUUGCAAGCAUGGGACAUUGCUGGUGGUGCCUUGAUAAUACGCGAAGCUGGUGGCUAUGUAUGCCAUACAAAAGGUGGCGAAUUUUCAGUAUUAAAACCCGAUUGUAUAGCUGCAGCAACACCUGAACUAGCUAAGGAUGUGAUAGCAUUGAUCGAGGAAGCUGAUCAGUUGACCGAAUUUACUUUUACGUGAAUAACUGCUAGUGAAUGAUAACACAAGCGAAAACCACCACAAUAUUGCCAAAUAAAUACAGUGAAUGUGUAAGGUAUCUAAUUUUCAUCAGAAAGUGCUAAAAUUUAAGAAAUAAUAAAUAAAAAAUAACUUUAAAAAAAAUUGUAA